CGACUGGGUUCCCGAGACGGAAUACCCAGGAGUCGAGUACUUGGGCGCAUGCGGCAACCGUAUCUCAGUUCUCGCGAGGUUUCGUCUUCCCGGAGGCGUUGGAGGACAUUCCUUGUUGACUGCGUCGCGAUGUGUGGCGACUGUGUGGAGAAGGAAUAUCCCAACCGGGGUAAUACCUGCCUGGAGAAUGGAUCUUUCUUGCUGAACUUUACAGGCUGUGCAGUGUGCAGUAAGCGGGAUUUUAUGCUGAUCACAAACAAAUCCUUGAAAGAAGAAGAUGGAGAAGAAAUAGUUACCUAUGAUCAUUUGUGUAAGAAUUGUCAUCAUGUAAUAGCCAGACAUGAGUAUACAUUCAGUAUCAUGGAUGAAUUUCAGGAGUAUACCAUGCUGUGUCUGUUAUGUGGCAAAGCCGAAGAUACUAUCAGUAUUCUCCCUGAUGACCCCCGACAAAUGACUCUGUUAUUCUAAGGAUCCUUCUACAGAUCUGUUAUAACUAUAUUGGGUUGGUUUACAAUACAGCAAGCCUGAUGGUUUGUCUUAUUUCAUUCAUACUGAAAAUUCUUUGCAUAUUUUUUUUCUGCUUAGACUUACUUAUUCUUUGAGGAAAAAAAGUAAUGUAGGAGAUCAUUGUUCUCUAGAGCUGAGCUCUUCUGCUAAAGUUCAAAGUUCACAUCAGUGUAGCCAGAGGGAAGCAUCUUUGUUAGCAGUUAUGUGGUCAAAAAACAACUAGAAUGGGAGCACACCUGGUGCCCAGAUUUUGGUUUCCAAUAAAAGGAACCAGGGCUCCUUGGAAAACCAACUGAUUCUAGAACUGGGGUAUGAACGAUACAAGAUGAGCCUAGAGUAUCUUGUGCCACAGAAAAAUGAAGUACUGAAAUUUAAAAAAAAAAAUCACAGUGAUUGGGAGUAUGUCAGUAUGAUCGAACUGAAGGAUCUCUGAAAGGCCAGAGCUGGAGCAAUUUGAGUAACAAAAUAAAUAAAGUAGUAUUGGGUUAUAACCCAAACUAUAUAAUAAAUAUUUACAAGCCCAAACUAAUAUAAAUGAUUGAAUGGGAACAAAUCUCUUGUGCAGAAGAAUUUCAAAUAAUUUAUGUAGAUACUUCCCACUUAGUGGGCUUCGCAUAGUGACUUCCUUGCAGAGUAUAAUACGGAAAAGGGGGAAAAGAGUAACUACAGUGGAGAAAUCUGACAGACACCAGCUCAGCCAGGUGAUUGAGGUUAACGUCAUCCAUGAUAAGCCCUUUUGAUAGCAUGUAUCCUCGAUAGCAUCACAUCAUACAGAAUGUGAUAAGAAUGGCACUUUACCUCUGUGGUUCUCCUCCCCAAAACUCAGAACCCAAGUCUGAUCAGGAGAGAAACAUCACACAAAUUCCAACUGAGGAGCAUUCUUUAAAAUACCUAACCAGUACUUCUCAAAACUAUCAAGGCCAUCAAAAACAAGGAAAAUCUGAGACAUAGUCACAGCCAAGAGGAGCCUGAGAAGACAUGACUGCUAGAUGUAAUGUGGUAUCCUACAUGGAAUUAUAUACCACGAAAAAAAGAAAAGAUCGUUUGGUAGAAACUAGGGAAAUCAGAAUACAGUGUGGACUUUAGUUAAUAUAAAUGAGAAAAUGGUUUCAUUUGCUUUAAAGGGAUCUUAGAAUAUCUUACUUUGCAUAGUUUCAUGAGCGCUGGCUAGGAGGUUAUAAACUCUGGCAUUUAGGCCUCUCUGCCAUUUAGUAGCAGUAUAGUCAUUAAGCAAAGCAUUGCUCUGGACUUUAUUGUCCUGUUUCUAUCAAAUUGGACUAAUAAAAUUGAUAUAAUACAUUCAUCACAGUAUUGUUAGGAGAUUUAAAUGAAUUAGUGAAUGUAAGAUACUUUAGAAAGCAUAUAAAGUACUAGAUACAAUGAGGUGGCUUCAAUUAGUGCUCAUUCUGAGACCUAAAUUUAAAGGGUCAGGCAUUACAAACAAAAGUGUUUCUUCUUCAUAUCUAGGAGAUUUGGAAAUUCUGAACUAAGGCCUUAUAAGAACAAGAAAUGAGGAAAGUGUUCAUUGUAGAUACCUGGGAAAAGCUUUGUUGAAUAACAGUAAUAAUAAUAAUAUCUGAGCUUUAUUAAGUACUUACUAUGUGCUAAGACCUUUUUAAGCACUUAUUUAAUCCUCAUUAACAAAUUCAUAAGGUAGGUGCUAUUGAUAGUUUAGCCAUAACCAGAUAGGGCUCGUUAUUUGUAAGUUAUCAUGAAGAGGUUUAUGUUCACUGUUCUUUACUUCAGUGUAGCACUUUUAGAGCCAAAAAAACUCAGGCACAAAGAAGUUAAAUAACUUGCCGGGUGCGGUGGCUCAUGCCUGUAAUCCCAGCACUUUGGGAGGCCAAGGCAGGUGGAUCACCUGAGGUCAGGAGUUUGAGACCAGCCUGACCAGCAUGGUGUAACCUCGUCUUUACUAAAAAUACAAAUACGAAAAUUAGCCAGGCAUGGUGGUGUGCACCUGCAUCCCAGCAACAUGGGAGGCUGAUCAGGAGAAUCGCUUGAACCCGCGACAGGGAGGUUGCAAUGAGCCAAGGUCAUGCCACUGCACUCCAGCCUGGGAGACAGAGCAAGACUCCAUCUCAAAAACAAAAAACAAAACAAAACAACAACAAAAAAAGUUAAAUAACUUGUUUAAGGUCACACAGCUAGUGCAGUUACCCCCUCUCAGUAAUAAUGUUUGGCAAAUAUGAAAUACAAGGAUCUGGCAAGGUUAGGAAGAGGUUAAGAAUAUCAGUGACAAGUGCUCUCAGGCAUCCAGGCAUGUCAGAUGAAGAUUUAUUAUUCAGGAAAGUUAAGUCAGCUGUUGUAGGGAUCAGUUGUUUUAUUCCGGGAAAAUGUUUUUCAUUUUGCUGCAAAUCUAUAUCUGACCUGCUGAGGAAAUCAUUUGGUGAAAUGAAUCCAGAAAGCAGAGAAAAUGCUUCAUUACUUUAAAUAGCAGCAUUAAGCCCAUUAUAGCCUCUGAAUUGUCCCUUCCUUGAGUUUGCUAAUGCUUCCAACUUAGUCAUUUGAAGCCCAAGAGUCUAAUUUUAUAUGCCCUGCCAAUGUCCUCAUCUAUUGCAGUAUUCUAUUUGUUUUGGACUAUAUGUUACAAAAAUUUAAAACAUAAGAUCCUCUCUAUAUUUCAUUAUUGGUAAACCAACAUUGUGCUGUGUUUUGUGAUAUUUUAUCAUUUUCUAGAUUCUUAUGUGGAUCUAAUAAAGACCACUUGAACCCA